AUCACAGUGGGCAGAUCUACGCCUCUCACAUCCUGGUGACAGCGGCUUUUACGCAGCAAAUGAGGGGGAAAUCAGUCGCGCCAUGCCGCUUUUUAAAAACAUGAAUCAGCCUUAUGAUUAAUAUCUUAUAUCAUUUUUUAUUUUCCAUCUAAAAUUCGAACCAAGUUUCGGUUUAAUGGGGGAAAUUGACGGUGACGCGCGUUAAAAGAGAGAAGGGGGUGAUGUGGAAACGAAAUUAGUCCCAGAACAUGAUUGAACUAAUACUUUGUUGAGUCCAAAAUACGUUUAAAAUGAAGAGGAGAUGGAUUCGCCGCAGGCUGCUUGUCUUAAUCUUCACCUUCUUCAUCAUCCUCUACGUGGAUUUUCAAUUAAACACCAGCAACCCACCCAAACUCAGUGCGCCCCACGGUCCACCCUCGCCCAUCCAGCAGACUCCGUCCCCGGCUGACGACGCUCAGAAGCCGGCCACACACAGCAUCAGCAGCACCGGUGGACACCUGACCACCGAGGACGCACCAGUCAUUAUUCAGCCCAGAGUGAGACAGGAGGAGAUCUUCAUCGCUGUGAAGACCACGGGCAGAUUCCACAAGACGCGUCUUGCGCUCCUUUUGGAGACGUGGAUCUCCAGAACCAAGGCGCACACGUUCAUUUUCACAGACGUGGAGGAUGCUGACCUGACUUCAGAAGGUUACAACAUGGUGGUCACAGGCUGUCAGUCAGAUCACAGCCAGCAGGCUCUGUCUUGCAAGAUGUCUGCCGAGUACGACGGCUUCAUGGCCUCGGACAAGAGGUGGUUUUGCCACGUGGACGAUGACAACUACGUGAACCUGGGAGCCCUGCUCGCUCUGCUCUCAGCCUUCCCCCAACAGAGUGACAUCUACGUGGGCAAACCGAGCCUGGACAAGCCCAUCACUGCUCAUGAACUUCUGGAGGGCAACGCAACGGUACCGUCCCUUGGUGUUGAUUCAAAGGUCCCAUAUUAUCGCCAUAUGAACCUCGCGGUUUACUCGCAAAAGGUUUAUAAAAGAAGAAGCUUCAACCACUUAGAACAGGGUUUUUUUUUCCCCUGUCCCGUUUGCAUAAGGCCCUGAAUUUGCGAUUUGAGCAGAUUAAUUAAACCUCUCGUCAGACCUGGCAGGGCUACGCCUGUGCUUUGUGCCUCUGCUCUUGUGAUGAUAGUUGAAAUUUGUCCAUUGUCAUGUAAGAGAAAUUCACGUCAAGAGCCAGAGUUUCCAAUGAGCGGUUGUAUUUAGUUCUUGGCCGUGUGGUAAAGCCUCUGAAGCAGCAUUUAUACCACAACACUCCCCUGAAACACAGGCUGAAUUUAAUUUAUGUGCACCGAUAACUCCUCAAGGCAGGGUGACCCCUCUGAGAUACAUUACUGUCUUGGAUGUGACUCCGCAGAUUAAUUUUUUUUCUAGCCGUGCUGUCGUCUGAGAUUCUUUCUCCUUU